AUGGUGAAGCUGGUGUCAAUGGAGCAGGAGGCAGCCCACCAGAGCAUCCGGCACGCGCGACAGCGCGGCAUGGACGCCGCCAAGAAGGCCUUCAAGGGCGCCUCCGAGGACGACCGCAAGCGCGCAGAAAAGGAGGUGCAGAAGCUUUACGACCGCUUCAUCGCGGAGACGGACCGGUUACGCAAGGCCAAGGAGGCAGAGCUGCGGGAGCACCGCGAUUAG